GCACGACCAGAGACGCAGACCGGUUCAGAGACCCAGGGCCCUGAGAGGAAACUGGAAAGCACACUGAAGGAACAAACAUAUUGACCUCCUGCAACUUUCUUUUGACCAUGCUGCGCACUUUGCUUCUCCUGUGUUUGUGCACUCUGGCCUCUGCGGUUCCCUGCAUCAGACCAAACGAGCUCCACGGCCUUCACGAGACCUACUCCCGCAGCCUGAUGCUGGCUCACGCAAUACACCAGGAUGUGCUAAACCUGCUGGCGCCAUACGAGGAGCAGCUUGGCAUCAAUGGUUCACAGGUGCCCAACCUAUUCAUGAGCGGUCUGCCGUCCUGUGCUGUCAACUACAUUGACUGGCUUUCACUUGAGGAUGCGGCUCGCCUGCAGCAGGACAGCGAGUACCUGCAGCUGUUCAACCGCCACAUCGACGCCUGCUGUUCCUCGAAGCUCCAGCUGGGGGCAGAAUACAGCCUGCCCCUGGAGCUGCUGCAGCUCAACAUCCGCGACCUGCAGGUCCAGAUCACCGAGCAGCUGAAGUUACUGCAGCAGCCAGCAGUCUAUACGGCAGCCUCACCUCCGGCCCCCCUGUGCAACCGCGAGUCGCUGUGGGUCAGCCGAAUGCAGGGCUACAUUGUGCUGAGGGGCCUGGAGAAGUGCGUGCAGAAGGUGGUGCGGGACUACACCCGGCUGCGCAGCCAGCAGCAGCAGCAGUGAGCACGCAGACGGACGCUUGCCAACGCUCGCGUCCCAGCUUCCCUUCCUCCUUCCUCCAUCUGCCUUGUGCAACUGCGUCCGCUCCUGCAGAGGAAAGAGCAGGAAGUGAGACGUCACAGCAUGCAGUUAGUUAACCCAGGAGGGCAAAGAGUGCCUUUGU